AUGUUUUCUGGGAUAAAGAUUAUACCUCGUGAUGAGGUGCGUGACGAUAGCUCAGAGGAAGAAGAAGCGAAAUCUAAAAGUGGGAAAGAUGGAAGAAGAAGAAAGAACAAGGACAUUGAUAGAAAGGAAAGUAGGAGAGCUGGGAAGAAGAUUGUUAAGGGUGGAGAUGGCGAGAGCGAUGACGACGAAUUGAUCAAAGGAGAUGUUGUUAGAAAGAGCAUGGGUCUUGAUUGGAUGCUGCCGCCAACACGAAAGGCUGAUCCAAACCCGACCAUAGAUGUAGAGGAGAAAACAGUUGAAGAGGUGGCCAAAGUAAACCCAAAGGAACUAAAUCCUCAUUUCAAAGGCAAUGGAACCGGUUUUCCUGAACAAGAGCCUGAGAAAAGACAUGGCAGAGACCAGCUUUUACCAACUUGUGUUGUUGGAGACGGAGGUGCGAGUUGGAGAAUGAAGUUACUCAAGCGUGCAAAGGAACACGCUGCAAGAAACGGGCACAGUCUUGAGGAGGUUGUUGGAGAACGAUAUGGUUCUCUUGGUGAUCUUGUUGAGUCUGUGUCAUCUCAACGAGCAGCUCCAUCUCGUGCUCAUUUGCAUGCCAUUAACAAUAGAAGAAGAGUGAACACUGAAGAAGACAAGGAUAAAGAGAAAAAACCUGAACGAGUUUCUGAGAAGGGUAAUGGUAGGGACUAUUUGAAGGACGAUUCGCCGCGUCAUCGUGUAUUGAGAGCUCCCAAAACCGACCCUUCAUUAUCAUGGGGAAAGAGAAAAGCUCAAACUCAAAGACAAGAAGACUCGAAGCUGAUAUCUGAAGCUGCAUCUCACUUGAAUAAGUUCUCAAACGAUGGGAACUUCAUGAAGGAAGUGCUUUCUACUCGUGAAGAAGGAAGAAGCGAUGUGGAGCGGACAACAUUACCGUCUUCAGAGACCAAUAAGGAUAGUGAAUGGACUCUUGCUGGUAUGGAAUCUCUAAGUGUGAAUCAACUGGCUGCUAAAGCCUUACAGCUCCGUUUGAAAGGGAAAGUCGAAGAAGCUCAGAAACUUACGGAAGAAGCAGAGAGGCUAAGAGCAAAGCAAGCAGUUGGAGAUGAUUCAUCCAAAGAAGACAGAAUCAGAAGUGCAUCGAGGUAUGAUGUCAAAGAAAUGUAA